AUGCCAACUGUCAUCAGAGCCCCAGGCGCUUCUCUGGCAGCGAGGUCCUGCGACUUUGGGAACUUCUGGAAGCCGAACCCUCGCUGGAAGGUCCCAACCCCGACGCCCCCUCCCAUGGGCAGCUACAUGAGCACGCCCAGGCCUGCGCAGCCACCCCUCACCCAAGUGUGCCCAAAACCCCGGCCCCGAGCCGCCUCUAGGGAGGACUGUGGGAGCCGCGUCGGCACCGGACCCCUUCACCGAGUACCACAGAACUGGGACCCCGCCAACCCUCGGAGGGUGGUCCCCGAGGCCUGGAGGCGCUUUCCUGCCAAGGCGCCCCCUGAGACUGUCCUGGGGCCGGAUCUCUCCAGCGCCUGGGAGAAUUACAUGAAGCGGUGUCUCUGGAGUGCCCGCCACCCAAGACAGGUCUUGAGCCCCGUGACCAUCAAGAUCGCGCCCCCUGAGCCCAAGACGAGCCCCUGGGCAUCUAGGGCUCAGGGGCCCGGCGCCUGCUUUGCAGGGCGCCCACCCUCCCGGGAGCACCCAGACCCGUGCGCCAAGGAGAAGGUGCUGAGGGCCCUCAGCCAGUGCCAGAAGGGGAACAGGAGUGUUUACAAGGACACUGACCUCCAGCCUGAUGUCCAGCCUUUGCUGUCUGCCGGCCACCCUACAGCAGGGACUGCAUCAGCCCAGGACAUGGAGCAGCAGCUGCAGAGCUGGGGAAAGAGACCCACUGCUGGGGCCUCACGCCUUCCUCCAGUGCCUAAGAGCAGCGACUGGGGGGUCUCCUUUGCCACAGAUGUUGCCCAGCCUUCAGGUUCCUUUGAUUCCUAAGGGUCAGAGUCCCUUUACCUGCCUCCUGUGACUCACCCUUGUGUAUUUAGCCUCAGCUCUCUGAUCCCUUGCUCUACCUCUGCAUGGGACCCCAACACAGUACUGCUGCAGCCCCCAGACCCCCAUUUCCUCACUCUGGAAAUCCCAUGCUGAAGAUUGUUGAUAAGCCUCCCUCCUUCUCCCCUGCCUGCCUUUUCCCUUCAUUUUCUUGAAGGUACUCUUCCUUCCCCACCUUCCCUCUUUGCCCAGCUUGUAUAAAUAUUUGAUCUCAUUAAAAAUAAUAUUUUAAAAAGA